AUGGCUUCAAAGAGGAAAGGAACAUCAACAGGUGAGCCGCAGUCCAAAAGGCAAAAAACUGAAGAUGAGUCUUUUGAAGGUAGCACAAGCCCCAAAACAAGAGAUGGAUCCGGUGAUCUAGCUAAAGCGUCCCAUGGAGCCUCAGAAGAACCACAAUUGGUCGGGGAAAAGGAAGAAAUACAGGAAGAUGGUAGUGGUAUAACGAAAUUUACAUUUGAUGGUGUGGAGUAUAAGUUCAAGGAACGUGCUAGUGUAAUUGAAGAAAAAGAAGGAAAAAUAGAAUUUAGAGUUGUGAACAAUGAUAAUACGAAGGAGAAUAUGAUGGUCCUGACUGGUCUCAAAAAUAUUUUUCAGAAGCAGCUUCCUAAAAUGCCAAAAGAGUACAUCGCUAGGCUUGUUUAUGACCGAAGUCAUUUAUCAAUGGCAGUUGUCAGAAAGCCUUUAACCGUAGUUGGUGGCAUAACCUACCGGCCUUUUGACAAACGGGAAUUUGCAGAGAUUGUUUUUUGUGCAAUAAGUUCCACCGAGCAAGUUCGAGGAUAUGGUGCACAUUUGAUGAAUCACUUGAAAGAUUACGUAAGAUCGACUUCAAAUGUCAAAUACUUUCUGACCUAUGCAGAUAACUAUGCAAUUGGCUAUUUCAAGAAGCAGGGUUUCACUAAAGAGAUAUCACUUGAUAAGAGUAUCUGGAUGGGGUAUAUCAAAGAUUAUGAAGGAGGCACAUUAAUGCAAUGCUCGAUGCUUCCGAAAAUCAGAUACUUGGAUGCCGCAAAAAUUCUGCUACUGCAAGAAGCGGCCAUUAAGAGAAAAGUACGGGUCAUGUCAAAAAGCUACGUUGUAAGACCAGGGCUCCAGCACUUCAAAGAUUUGGAUGACAUCAAACCAAUUGAUCCCAUGAACAUACCCGGUCUGAAAGAAGCAGGUUGGACUCCAGAAAUGGAUGAGCUUGCGCAACGACCAAAACGAGGUCAACAUUAUGCCACUAUGCAGAACGUCUUGACUGAACUUCAAAAUCAUGCAGCUGCGUGGCCUUUUCUACAGCCGGUGAAUAAAGAAGAAGUUCCAGAUUAUUACGAGUUUAUAAAAGAGCCAAUGGAUCUCAGUACCAUGGAGAUGAAACUAGAAAAUAACCGGUAUCAAAAAAUGGAGGAUUUUGUUUACGAUGCGAGGCUUGUAUUCAAUAAUUGUCGUGCCUAUAACGGUGAAAACACUUCUUACUACAAAUAUGCUAAUAGGCUGGAGAAGUUCUUCAACACCAAAAUAAAGGAAAUCCCAGAGUAUACACAUUUAGUCGACUAG